UGAAAGUAAGCGGACUGCGAGCUGACGUCCCCCUGCUUGACCUCUGUAGUAGCUAGUAAUCUGCACCAGUGGCCACCAUUUUGGACAUCUUGGCAGAGACAGCUAACAGAGUACAACCAUGUCUGAGGCCAGGGAGAAGCUGUACAAGGAGUAUGUGCGGAGGAAUAUGGCGCGCUUUGCAACCCAAGUGAAAGUCAUGACCAUCCUCCCUCACCUGCCCUUUCUAUCACAGUCUGACAGAGAGGCCAUAGAGGCAAAGCGGGAAACGACGGGCAACUACGGCGCCAUCCAGCUGCUACUAGAACGCCUGAAGCAGAGGGACAACUGGCCAGAGGAGUUCAUCAGUGGUCUGGAGAAGUGUGGACAGACCAAACUCGCCCAGGAGAUGAGAGAGAAGUACGAGUCCCUGAAACAAACCACAGCUGCCUCUGAUUCCGCUCCUGCUGCUCCCCCUGAACCCUCACCUGCUCCUGCUCCUGCUCCUCCUGCUGAUGCUCCGCCUCCUCCCGCUUCAGCCAGCACCCCCAAACUUCCCUCCCAACCCAAGACGGCUCCCAAGGCUGUCGCCGCCCCACCUGAAGAUGCCUCUAGCCAACCGCCUCUUGCCUCAAGCUCGCCUUCCAAAGCUACACCUCCACCCAGCAGCAGCACCUCCACCGAACCGCCUUCCACACAGAAGACACCUGCUGUUGCCCCGCCUGAAGAGGCCUCUAGCCAGCCGGCUCCACCUCCAAGCACUGAUGCUGAAGCUGGAUCGUCUCAGAGUACGGCAGUCACAGAAACAACGGCGGUUGUCCUUGCACCUGACAUUCCCGAUGGCACGGCAGCGGGUGCUCCCUCUGAAAAGAUGCCCGAGUCUUCCACUGAGGUUUUGGAUCAAAAGUCACCCACCAAAGAACCUGCUCCAGAGCCUCCACAGCCAGUGAAAGCAUCUUCACAAGAAACAAGUCAGGUCAGCACAGAGCAACCAUCUGGAGAGGACAAAGUGCAACUUCCACCAUCGGACAGCCAAACCACCACGACUUCUUCUCCAGGUCCAGCUGCCGCUCCAACUUCCACACCUGCCCCUCCCUCUGAUUCUGCCCCUGCUGCUGCCCCUAACUCUGAAGCUGCACCCACAACUGCCCCUCCCCCUGCUGCUUCUGCUGAACCCGCUCCUGCCCCAGAUUCCGCACCCAUAGCUUCCGCUCCAACACCCACACCUGCCCCUGCUUCUGCCCCUGAAGGUGAACCCACAGCUGUAUCCGAUCCUUCCCCUACUGCUGCUGGCCCCACUCCUGCUGCUGCUGCUGACCCUGCUCCUGCCACCGCUGCUGACCCCAGUCCUGCCCCCGAACCCACACCCACAGCUGCAGCUCCGACACCCACACCUGCCCUGACCUCUGAUUCUGCUCCGGUGCCUGCCACCGCACCCGCCACUGCCCCUGCUGAUGCUCUUGCUGAUGCUCCUGUCCCUGAAACUGCCUCUGCUGCCCCUGCUGCAGCUGAUGCUCCUGCUACUGCUGCUGUACCUGAAACCACACCCACACAUGCCCCUGAACUUGCCCCAGAACCUGCUCCUUCUUCCCCUGCCCCUGCUCCCGAACCUGCAACCACAGAUACAUCUGUAGCGGGACCUGCCCCUGCUGCUUCUCCUGCCCAUGAGAGCACACACACAGAUGCUGCUGAUACCCCUGCUGCUGCCGCACCCACACCUGUCCCUGAACCAGUGCCCACACCUUUCCCUGCUGCUGCCCCCGUCUCUGCUGCUGCCCCUGUCCCUGCUGCUGAUGCCUCUGAAACCGCACCCACAACUGCACUCAUACCUGCCCCUGCUGAUGCUGCUUCUGCCCCUGAACCAGAGCCUACACCUGCCCCUGCCCCUACCCUUGCUGCUGCCCCUGUCCCUGCACCCGAACCACUAACCACAAACACAGCUGCACCCACACCUGCACCAACACCUGCCCCUGCUCCAGCUGCUGCUCCUGCCCCUGAACCUGCACCCACAACCGUACCCGAACCCGCACCUGUUCCUGCUGCUGCUGCUGCUGCUGUCCCUGACCCUGAACUCACUACUGCCCCUGCUGAUGCUCCUGCUGCUCCUGAACCCGCACCCACGGCUGAUUCCACAGCUGCCCCCACCGCUCCUGCCGCUGAACCGGCACCUACACCUGUCCCUGCUGAUAGUCCUCCUGCCCCUGAACCCGCACCCACGGCUGAUUCCUCAGUUGCUCCUACCGCUCCUGCUGCUUCUGCCCCUGAACCCGCACCCGUGGCUGAUUCCACAGCUGCCCCUUCCGCUUCUGCCCCUGAACCCGCACCCACAACUGCUGAUGCUCCUCCUGCGGAUGCUCCUCCUACCUCGACCCCUGUGGUCGCUCUGAUACACCAGCCGCCUCCCUCUCUGGUGGACAGCGAGGAGGAGGAGUUCUCCAGCAAGCCUGGAGUUCUACAGAGUGUGGCUGAAGGAGGCAUCCCAGUCACAUCCCAGGAGGAGCCCAGCGCAGCCACAGAUAAUCAACCUACUGAGCUUCCCUUAGCGGCCUCAGAGGAUAUGGGGGUCAACACAGAGGCAGCUGAUUUGGCCUCUGAAGUGAAAGCUGAAUCUAAUCCUGCUGCUAGUAUUGCCUCUGAAGUUAACACUGAAUCUAAUCCUGCUGAUCUUGCCGGUGAAGGUAACACUGAAUCUAAUCCUGAUGAUCUUGCCUGUGAAGGUAACGUUGAAUCUAAUCCUGCUGACGUUGCUUCUGAAGUUAACACUGAAUCUAAUCCUACUGAUGAAGUCUCUGAGGUUAUCGCUGAGUUGCACACUGCUGAUGAAGCCUCUGAAGUUAAUGUUGCCUCUGAUUUGGUUUCCUCCACAGCCAACACUGACAUGAGCUGCAAAACUGUACUGCAGCCAGAUCCAGCUCAGAGUCAUACCCCCAGUCAAGAACCUGUAAGUGUGAAAGAGAAUGGCAGUCCGCCCCAUCAGCCGAACGGAGUACUGAAUGACCAAGCCCCCACUUCUCCUCACCACACUGUGAAGGAGGAGCCCCAUGAAUCUGUGUGCAGCAGUGCCCUCAGCUCCCAAGAGCUAAGCACGCAGGUGCAUGUAGCGGAGGUUCACGUUGAACCAACGAUGCAAAAUCAAGAUGACGAGGCGCAGGGCGUGACAGGAAACGCAGGCUCUAGUGAGACAGCCGCGAGUAACCACAGUGACGUUGCAACAAGCGAUACCAGUUUGACCGAGCAGCAGGCAGCUAGCAACCACCACAGCCUCGCAGCGAGCAUUGUGGGAAACGAAGUCCAUUUGAGCCCGACGAAAGAAGAAGCUUUGGGCACAGAAGACCCCAGCAGUCCAAAGACGGAGGUCGUUGUCGUAAGCCAAGAAGCAGCACAGGCCAAAGAGGAGCAACGAGAACAGAAGGGGGGAGGCGAGAAAGGGGGAGAGGAACAGGCUGUAUCACUCUUGGCAGGAGUCUUACCGGCGAUUCAGAACCAUCCUCUGGUUCCGGCAGCAGCUGCCGUAGGUGUCUGUGCACUGCUUUUCGCCUGGAAACUAAGGAAAUGAGUAUGAAGAGCUUGUAAAACUAAGGAGAUACACACUCCGCCCUUCUAAAUUAACAAUCCGCUGCAACCAGAGCAGGACUAAGUCAUAAGUAAAAAAGGGAAAAAAUAAUCUGGUGCCACACUGAUGUCUAUUUUUUGCUAUUUAU